AUGCGGAGCAGCGAGUCCGACUCCGACGUCAGCUCUGGCGAAGCAGUGACGGAAUCGGGAGACACCGACGACCUCGGCGGCCUCCUUGACUCACUUGAAGGCAUCUCACUCCAUCAGCCACGUGAGGACGGCGUCCCGGUCCAUAGCGGGGACGAGCUGCCGCCCUUCCGCUUUGCAGUGCCAGCGGUGCAGCUGCGAGACUACCAGGCCUCGCUGCUGGCCGCCGUCCGCGACCGCUUCUCCGAGGGGCAUGGCUCCGUGCUGGCCUACCUCCCGACGGGAGGCGGCAAGACGCACGUGGCCGCGGCAGAGUGCGCCUCCGAGCUCGCCGCCGGCGGCCGCUGCCUUCUGCUCGUCAACAGCCGCACGCUCCUUGAGCAGACGCGCCGCGCGUUCAUCAAGGUUGGCUUCGGCUCGGAGCUGGUCGGGCUGGUGGGCGGGAGCAGCGCGCUGCAGCUCGAGAGGCCGGUGCAGGUGGCGAUGAUUCAGAGCCUGCACGGCCGCACGCUCGAGCAGCACGCGCGGUGGCUCCGCCGCUUCUCGCUCGCCGUCGUGGACGAGGCGCACGCCGCUUUCGCGCACACGUACGCGUCGCUCCUCCGCCGGCUGGGCGAGCCGUGCCGCGUGCUCGGCGAGUCGUGCCGCGUGCUCGGCGUGACGGCGACGCCCUUCCGCUCCUCGCCCGAGGAGCGGCUCGAGCAGGUCUUCACCGGGGCUGCCUUCGGCCCCUCCAUCUCGACUCUCAUCGACCGCCGCCUCCUCGUCCGCCCCACCGUCUACGGCGGCCCCCCUCCCCGCGCCGGCGGCACCGCGGCCCCGUUCGAAGCCGAGGUCGACGCCAUCAUCGCAAAGUACCGCGCGCGCGCGCGCGGCGUGCGCGCCGUCGCCUUUUGCGCUCGCGGGUUCGACUUGCCCGAGGUCGGCGCGGUGCUGCUGCUGCGGCCGACCCGCUCCCGCCGCCUCUACGUCCAGCAGGUGGGGCGCGCUCUGAGGGCGGCAAAAGGCAAGGAGGGGUGCGUGGUCCUCGAGAUGGCAGGGCUCAUCUCUUCACGGCUCGUUCUAUGCACAGGCAAGGAGGGGUGCGUGGUCCUCGACUUUGCCGGGCUCACGUGGCGCUUCGGCCCCGUGUACGCGUGGGAGGAGGCGUGCGGCACCGCGGCGUCGGCGAGGGCUCUGGUUCGCCGCUGCCGGUGCGGCGUGCUGAGCCACUCGGCCGAGGCGGAGUGCGGCGCGCACGUGUACAUCCACGAGGAGACGGGAGAGAUGGCGAGCACGCCGCCGAGCGGAGAGGCGUGUGCCGACGCUCUCGCCGCUGCCGUGGAGGCCCUCCGCGUCGCGUGA